UAUGAUAUGAGGCUCUCGUUUUGUCUUUCCAAUAGAUAACACUCUCCUGCUCUCCCAUCCCUUCUCACUCUCUAAUUCCUCUCUUCCUCCUCCCAUCCUGUUGCCUGAAUCCGCCAUGGCUAUUUCCUCUACAACAGCCGCAGCAGCCUCCGCUUCCUCGAAACUUACAUACCCAUGUGCCACAUCGCCCACCCCGACCACUUCUUCCCUUACAUUCUACCCCAAAUCUACUUCGAAACUAAGCAAACCCACCACCGUUUCCCAACUGUCCUCCUCUUUCCUCAACCCUUCUACCAUCCUCCACCUGACUCCUUCCUCCACCGCCACUCGUCACCGCCGCGCUUUCACCGUCCGAGCCGCCCGGGGUAAAUUCGAGCGCAAGAAGCCCCACCUCAACAUCGGAACCAUUGGCCAUGUCGACCACGGCAAGACCACUCUCACCGCGGCGCUCACCAUGGCCUUGGCAUCCCUCGGCGGCAGCGCACCCAAGAAAUACGACGAGAUUGACGCCGCACCAGAAGAACGGGCUCGUGGAAUCACUAUCAACACUGCCACCGUCGAGUACGAGACCGAGAACCGCCACUACGCCCACGUGGACUGCCCCGGCCAUGCAGAUUACGUCAAGAACAUGAUCACCGGUGCCGCCCAGAUGGACGGCGCAAUUCUCGUCGUUUCUGGCGCCGACGGCCCAAUGCCACAGACCAAGGAGCACAUUUUGUUGGCCAAGCAAGUGGGUGUGCCGAACAUGGUCGUAUUCUUGAACAAACAGGACCAGGUCGACGAUGAGGAGCUCUUGCAGCUCGUGGAAUUGGAGGUGCGUGAGUUGCUUUCGUCUUAUGAAUUCCCCGGUGAUGAUGUGCCUAUUAUUUCUGGUUCCGCUUUGUUAGCUUUGGAGGCUUUAAUGGCCAAUCCUAGUAUUAAACGCGGAGACAACCAAUGGGUGGAUAAGAUUUAUGAACUUAUGGAUUCUGUGGAUAGUUACAUACCAAUCCCACAAAGACAAACGGAGCUACCAUUUUUGCUUGCUGUUGAAGAUGUGUUUUCGAUUACCGGUCGUGGAACCGUGGCCACCGGCCGUGUCGAGAGGGGUACGGUUAAGGUUGGAGAAACUGUGGAUAUUGUGGGUUUGAAGGACACAAGGAAUACUACUGUAACUGGUGUUGAAAUGUUUCAGAAGAUUCUUGAUGAGGCUUUGGCUGGGGAUAAUGUGGGGUUGUUGCUUAGAGGUGUUCAGAAGGCUGAUAUACAGAGAGGGAUGGUUUUGGCAAAGCCCGGCUCCAUUACUCCGCAUACCAAGUUUCUUGCCAUUGUGUAUGUGUUGAAGAAGGAAGAGGGUGGUAGGCAUUCGCCCUUUUUUGCUGGUUAUAGGCCACAGUUUUACAUGAGAACUACGGACGUGACUGGCAAGGUGACUUCAAUUAUGAAUGAUAAGGAUGAGGAGUCUAAGAUGGUCAUGCCUGGCGACCGUGUGAAGAUGGUUGUAGAACUCAUUAUGCCUGUGGCUUGUGAACAAGGAAUGAGGUUUGCUAUCAGAGAAGGAGGAAAGACUGUUGGUGCUGGUGUUAUUCAGUCCAUCAUUGAGUGAUACUAAUAAGCUUUGGCAUUCUUGAUAGGAAAUUCUAUUUGCAUUUUUUGAGUGGUGGCAGAAUGACAUCCUAACCUCAAAUUCAUGCAAUUAGUUUUGCUGUUUUACAAAACUUUGAUCUAUCCAAUGUCAUAUAUUUGUAGGUUUGUACUUCUUUUGCUUGAUGCCUAGCUAGUUUCGUAAUAUUUUUGUGAUGAUUUCAUUUUA